AUGGCACAGUCUACGCCCAGCAUUCCUCUAAACCAAGCCGUCGUCACAACACACAGCUCGGUGGUAGUGACCAAAGCCAGCGUUACAAGCGUCUGGAACACUCUCAUCGACACAUCCACAUGGCCAGAAUGGAAUCGCCUUGUCCCCAAAGUCAUCAUAAACUCACAACCGGACCAGCUUGAAAAUAGCACAGAAACACCGCCAUCAUCGCUUUCCCCGGUUUUCCAACGCGGGACAAAAAUGUCGCUCUUGUUUAAUACGAAUGCCGACAACGAGAUGGAUGGCAAUGCACCACCUUUUGAGGAAUCGUCGCUGGUGAUGUUGAAAAGUGUGAUUACUGUUUUUGAACCGCCAAACUCUGAAAAGGGUGAAAAAGGGCGUAUUGCAUGGGCGGUUGAUACGCAGGCAGAGGGUUCAUGGCCCAAAUGGCUCGUGUAUGCGGAAAGAGUGCACGAGAUUUAUCAGGAUGAAGAUGGAAAUGUCAAGGUUGAAGACUGGGAGCUGCAGACGGGGGUAAUGGCGUACGGCGUACGAUGGAUGAUGGGUGCCAAACUUGAACGGUUACGUCAAAUUUGGAUAGAGAACCUCAAGAGUUUCGUGGAAGCGGGGAACCAAGGGUAA